GGCACGUCCCCAAGCUGUUAAAAGUGUCAAUGGGGCAAAAAGCAGUCCAUGUGUGGGUGACUAGCCAUUAAACGGUUCAUUCUUUGAGGGUGCAUGAGUAACAUCUGCUCGUCAGCCAGCGUCACAGUACCACGGUAAUGAGCAGGCGCGCGUGUGUGCGCGACACCCGCGACGCGUGGCCACAGUGGUGAUAAGCUCACACCCCACAUGCAGGUGGCAAUGUGGAGGUCAGUCGCUCCUUUUUGCAACCAACAGAGCAGACGUCCCCCAGAAAACCCUUUACGUUAUUUCCCUAUUCUGUCCCCGCACAUUUUUUCCCCUUGAUUUUUGUAUUGGACGUCUUGUCUCGGGUGGCGUGUGCCUGCGUUGCAAGCCCCGGACAAGUAAGGCUUUCAGAGCAGCACUGUUGCUCUUUUGCAAGCCGAGCAGGAGCUGCUCCUACAAGGUCCAUGGGCACAGAGGUACGUGUUCCGCGCUUGUUCUGCGUGCGGGGCGACUUUCUAUUCAAUGCAUGCUUCACCCUUCUUCAUCAUCGUCCUCAUCAUCAUCAGCGCAAUGGUGUCCUCUGCAGGGAGCUCGGCAAUGCGGCUCCCACUAGUUUUGGAGAUAUUGUUACAUCUUGUCAGGCAGUCUGUGAGUGACAUUGCAUGCCCUGCCACGCAUGUGCAUGCAUGACAGUUUAUUCGUGCAUUUCUUUCUGCAAACUGCUGUUAGAGGACACACUAGAACACCACCACCCCAGCCAAAAUAUGAAUCAUUCAUGCCAUGCCAAAAAUGAAGCUUCUGCUGCUCUCUGCUAAAUGAUAUAUUCAUUUGUUAUAUGUGUAUGUCUUCUCUUUUGGACCAAAUGACAAUAAGGUAGACCGAAGCCUGGUGAAUGACAUUUCCAUUCAUUCCACCCCACAGUCAGAAAUAAGGGUACACAAUAUGAGUUUGUUUUUCUACCUCAGUGUACAAUAUAGUUAGUGAUUAUUAAUGGACCCCAAUGUUUUUACCAUUACUGGGUCAAAAACAAGUGGAUGUAUGUUUUGUAGUUGAAAAAGUCAACAAUAUCAGUACAUUUGAAAAGCCAUUGUGCCACGAAAAGGUACAACACUGUACUUCUGCAGCUCAAAAGAUAAAUACUCCAAUUAUGAGCUCUACACAGAAAACUGUUGCCUCUUCAAAAGAUAAGCUGUACUCUUGUUGUGUGUUGCCCUGAUUAAAUUGCUGAACAAGAGCCCAACAGAUGACUGAUGUGUAGAAGAAUGACAGUGUAAUAGGAGGGGAUUAUUUUGAAGUAGUUCUGAAAGUACUAGAACUCUCUUUUUAUUCAGCUUGUCUGGAAACGUUACACAAGUUUAGUUUCAUAAAAAUUACAUUGUUUCAUGUGCCGUUUUUUUCUGCUUAUACAGUUUUACUCAGAACCACAUCCCAGUUUGAGUGUUUCCCCUGCCCUGUUAGUACCGUUAUAUCAUUUAGAGGACCAAUUUACAUUCUAGUCACUGAUGGUAUGGUGGUUUACUCGCCUGACUUUCAUGCAAGCAGUGUUGUUUCGAUUCCCAUUCAGUGAUGGUGUGAAUGGUUUUGUGUGUCUAGAGUCCAGGGUGUAGUCGGCUUUUUGUCCUAGGUCAGAUGGGAUCGGCUCCAGCUCCCCCUUGACCCUGAACACCAUAUAAGCGGUAUAGAAAAUGAAUGGAUGGAUAGUUUUGACUUAUAGUUAUAGAGAGUUGAGAGUUGUAGAGUUAUACACAGGGAAAGAAUGAUAUACACACAAAAACAUCCCCAAAAAAUGCAAAAAAACCCACUAGUGAGAUCAGUUCAUGACAAAUUGUUGGGUUCCGUCUAACUUUGUUUCUAUACGCUUUCUAGAUCGGUGUUGAUUAAAAUUUUAGUUUACCUUCUGUUGCUCAAAAACUGAGGGCUCACUGUUUCUCAUUACAAGGGCACCGGAAAGGUAUAUGUUUUGCAGCAAGUUGUAUUUACAACGAACUGAAUGGAUCUCAGUGACUUUGACAAUGGGAAAAGUGGUAUGGUUAUACAUGAUUAUGAUGAUGUUGAUGAUAUGUGUUGGCCUGGUCUACAUACCCUCUUAAAAAAAAAGAUAUAUAAUUGAGUUUUAGAGUUCCAAGAGCUCGCCGUACGGCGGUUAUUCCCUUGAUUGUAGAAUUUUAUGUCAUCUUUUAGGGUGAGAUCAAGCAAAAGGUAUAUUGUAGUUGAAAAGUUCAACCUAGGGGUUGCAUAAGUCUAGACUGCACCUUGAUCAGUUGCAUUUUUCAUCAACCAGUUAGGCAGGCUGUGUAAGAGGAAAAUGACAGUACGCUUUCCUCUGGCACUCCAAAAACCACAGAUUGUAUUAAUACUUGUGAGACAAGUUUGCUUAUACAGUGUCACAAUUGAACAACUGCUCAGACCUGAGACACUUUGUUUUUUACAUAACAACCUGAUUCUUGAUCGCUUGCAACCCUCUCUUCUACUUGAGUGCCGCCCCGUCGUCCUCCUCCUCCUCCACUGACGGUGUCAUGUUUUCCUACUCCCCACACAGGUUAGACACUCAGUCACCAGAGGGUCACAACCACAUCAACCAGUCUUCUCCUGGGCCUGUCAGAGACGCUCAUCCAGAAAUUAGUGAAGACAGGACAGCAAUUCUCGAAGGGCGAUUUAAUGUGUUUGCAUGACUCCGAACAGCUAUAGUAUAAUGCUCACCCUUCCCAUAAAGAUGCGGGGUAACAUGUAUGUGUCAAGGUUGAGAAGUAUAGCCUAGUGUGUGUGUGGGGGGGGAGGUAGUGCUGACCAGGCUAUGAGUGCGUCCCGCCUUUGGAUGCUGAGUUGAGCGACGGGAGCUGAACCGGAGGCUGACUGAGGAAUCGCCAUGGGGCUUGGACAGUCCAGCAAGUCUCCCAUCACGGGUGACACCGAUGAGGUCAAUUUUGACCAUUUCCAGAUCCUCAGAGCAAUAGGAAAAGGAAGCUUUGGAAAGGUUUGCAUUGUGCAGAAGAAAGACACUAAGAAGAUGUACGCCAUGAAGUACAUGAACAAGCUGAAAUGUGUGGAGCGUAACGAAGUGAGGAACGUAUUAAAGGAGCUGCAGAUCAUGCAAAACCUGGAGCAUCCUUUCCUGGUGAACAUCUGGUACUCCUUCCAGGAUGAGGAGGAUAUGUUCAUGGUGGUGGACUUGCUCCUAGGAGGAGAUCUGCGUUAUCACCUGCAGCAGAACGUCCAUUUCUCCGAGAGCACGGUCAAACUGUACAUCUGUGAAUUGGCCUUGGCCCUGGGAUACCUGCGCUCCAAGCACAUCAUACACAGAGACAUCAAGCCUGACAACAUACUACUGGAUGAACACGGUCACGUCCAUCUAACAGACUUCAACAUUGCCGCCAUUGUGAAAGAGGACCUCAAGGCGACAUCUAUUGCAGGGACCAAACCAUACAUGGCUCCAGAGCUAUUUCAGAUCUUUGAAGGCUCCCAUCCUGGUUAUUCUUUCUCAGUGGAUUGGUGGUCACUGGGCAUCACAGCUUACGAGCUGCUCAGAGGGCAGAGGCCGUAUGUGAUGAGGUCCAGCACCCCAACCAAUGAGAUCCUUCACACCUUCCACAAGGUGCACCUCAGCUUCCCAGCAGUGUGGUCCUCAGAGAUGAAGUCUCUUCUGAGAAAGUUGCUGUGCAUUGACGUCCAGAAGCGCAUUUCCUGUCUGGCGGAGCUUCAGGAUCUGGACUACAUGUCGGACGUCAGCUGGGACAUUGUGCUCAAUAAACAGAUUCCUCCGGGCUUUAUUCCCAAUAAACGGCGACUAAACUGUGAUCCUACAUUUGAGCUGGAAGAAAUGAUUUUGGAGUCCAAGCCUCUUCACAAAAAGAAAAAAAGGCUCGCUAGAAAGACCAGGGACCAGGGUUCCGACGGGUCACCACAGAAUGGUCAGUUGCAGCAACGUUUGGAUAACGUCCAGAGAGACUUUAUUAUCUUCAACAGAGAAAAAUCAAGGAAAGCAGCGUCGGAUUUAGACUCAGCUGAACUGUCCACAAGCAACAAGAACAAAGCAAUAGAGGACGGUCGGAACAACAAUGUGGAACCGGUCGCUUUUUUGUCAGGAUAGGACAACCGGACUUGAGUUCUCCCCCAACCUCCAACCCAUCUUGUCUCGCUUAUCUCUCACCACUGCUUGUGGAUCAGCUCCUACUGUAUAGUGUCCUCCCCAGCGCAAGCACACUGACGUUAGUGGGCUGCUAUGUUGCCUCAACAAACAUUGCAAAGACUCGACAAAUACAAAACUGACUCUUAACGGACAUUGUGGCAGGAUUUUUGGCUUCUUUUUUGUCUCACCUUGAAGAACUUUAUAUGUACAGUCAGGCACGUCCUACUCCUUUACACGAGACUGUCACGCCUAUGGAGCAAAUGUAGUCGCAGUCUAAAUAUGCUGCUGAACAUUUUGUCUAGAUCAAGUUUGAAUUCAACGUGAGGUUGACGGUGGUAUCAGGACUUUGGUCAGGAAUGGUAGUCCACCUUUAAGCUACUGGACAUGGUUUUGAUUUGAAGGUUUGUACUACUGCUUUACUUGUCUGAAGCAGUUUCUCCCAACCUGUAUUGAACCAAGACGCAUAUUUUCCAUUAGAGAAAUCUCACGGUACACCACCAAACAAAAUUGUUACAAAAAUCUAUUUCCUGAAGUAAUGAUGAUCUGGUUUCAAUUUACUCACCAAAAUACUUAGUCUGAAAUCUGAGCCUGUUUAGUUGUAGACAAAGCUAUCAUUCUGUUGUAUGAUUGGCAACAUGGAUACACAUAAUUGUACCUUCUGCCAUGCAGUGGAAGAGCAUUUAAUUGUUUUGCCUGUCACUAUACGUGGCUGGCAUAGAUAGAUGAACAAAGAUGCUUUAUUCGUAGUAAAUAAAUAUUUUCAUACCAAUUAAGUGAAAUUGCCGCAGCACCUAGGUUGGGAAACACUGGUCUGGAGCACAAACUCCUUUGAUUUUGAAGGACACGAGAUAGCUGAGGUUAUAAUGGUUGAAUGUGUACAUGUUCCGAUUUUGUGCUCCACACACAAUGUUUAAGCAUCUUCUUGAAACUUAACUGUCAGAGCAAGCAUACUAUUGAUUUUCAAUAUCUAACCAUGUUAAAUGUUCUUACUGGUCAUUUUAAAACACUUUGGCUUUUCACCACAAAUGUGUUGAGGCACUAGCUGUGUAAAUAGUGAAUUAUCAUAUUGUAGCAGUGUGACAAACAAAGUAGAGCGAUGAAGGAUAUGCAGCAUUUUGCCUUCUUUUCACUUUAUUUUGUUACUGCCCAGAAAGAACAGUUUAUCUUCCACCAAUCAAGCAGACUAUAGUGUGCUCGCUCUGCCCUUUCGGUACCCCAACAGAAGUGCCAAAAAAGUGGUAUGGAUGGGAUCUUUUGGUACCUUUUCCAACUUUUCACAACGGAAACAAAAAUGUGUCCUGUCUAGUAUGCUGAAGGUAGCUUAUUUGUCCUUGCUGGUCGUUUGUGACCUCUUUGCCGGGUCUACACACUUUCAUCUUAAAGGAGAUGAUUAUGCUUUUUUUUUUUUUUUGUACCACAUUUUAAAAUGGUCUGUCUGUGAUAUCCAUCCGUUCAUCCAUUUUCUGAGCCCCUUCUCCUCACUAGGGUCACAGGCGUGCUGGAGCCUAUCCCAGCUAUCAUCGGGCAGGAGGCGGGGUACACCCUGAACUGGUUGCCAGCCAAUCGCAGGGCACAUCCUUUUGUCCAAAUAUACCAAGGAUCAAGAUGUAGAGACACUUCACACCGCUUAUUUCUGGUUUGCUGAAAUUCGCACAUUCGUGUGUUUAAGUGAGCGACGGCAGUCCCCUCCCAACAUCCUGCUGAGCCAAUGGCGAGUUCAGAUUCAGAAUAAAAAAGCAGGAGCGGAACACAGUGAGAAAAAAAAGCCAAAAGCGUUUUUAUGCGUGGAGACAGCACUUCAUAAACUACUCUAGGUGUAUGUGGUGCCGGGACAUGUCACUAAACACCCCACCACCACUACCGCAUCGAUAACUUUAUUGCGCAAUCAAGUAUGUGCCACUUUACAGAAUGCAGCUCUGCUUACCUUUUUCCUUUGAAGUACUGCUUCAGACAGUGUAGUCUGGCAGUUGCUUGAAGGUGGCUCUGGAACUUUGCCCAGCCUACCUGAUCAUGAAAUGUAGGGUUACUGCAGUUAUUAUGUAAAUUAGCCACGCUGUUAUAUAGCAAUGCCGAAAUGUUCAUUCAUAAACACAUUUAGAACUAGGUAAAUAGUAAAAAGGUUUACUGAUUUAAUUUCACUCUUAAUGGGUGUGCAGGCAGUCCAGAGACCCAACUGCAGUCUUCCUGCGCUACUUGCCAAGUGUAUAUGCCACAAGAUUGCGGCAAAGCACUUUUUUUUAUUAAACAGGGCUAUGUCCUGACUACAUGAAGCACCUCCACUCACUUCAACAUAGUUCCUUGGCACCAAAAUAAUACUUUUAUAUCAGCCAGGACUUGGGUCUGAGCACAAAAACAGCGAAGGUUUCCAGAAACUCCUAAACAAUUACGGUAAAGUCAUUUUUCCAUAAUAAGGAACAAUUCCCGCAACUGAUUUCUUUGUAUGAAUGCCUCAGCUGAUCAUAGCUGCACAUCAGAAUUAGAAUCAUAAUUAUCUUUAUUUGCCAAGUAUGUCCAAAAAACACACAAGGAAUUGGUCUCCGGUAGUUGGAGCUGCUCUAGUAUGACAACAGACACUCAAUUGACAGAGAACACUUUUGAGACAUAAAGACAUUGAGAAAAACAGUCACUGAGCAAUAAAGGGUUGCUAGCUAUCUGGUAAUGCCAGUACAAUUUUAUUUUUUAUUUUUUUUGACAGUUGUGCAAAAAGAUGCAGAUGACGCUAGCACUUAGAGCAGUUCGAAUGACUAAUCUCGUAAUAGUCUGGUGCAAUGACCAUUGUGCAAAAGGCGCCGAGACUUCAAGGAGUGUAUGCAGUUUAAAGUGACGAGUAGCGCGAUAAUCUGGGACAAUGUUGAUUGUGCAAAUGUUGCAGAUACUCCUCAGUCAGUGUGCAAAUGGGGCAAAUGCUACUCUGGCAUGAGUGGCCAGUAUUGGUCAACAACAGAUAUGCAAAUAGUGCAGCGUGGCGAGACUACUACAGUGAGUGCACGAGUAAUAUAUAAUUGGCCCGACAGAAAUGUGACAACAAACUCAAGACAAAAAAAUUGGCAGCAUUUUGCAAUGGAAUUAUCGGUUAGCUGUAUAAGAAGUUGAUUGCAAGAGGGAAGAAGCUGUUGGAAUCUCUGCUAGUUCUAGUUUGCAUUGAUCGGUAGCGGCUACCUGAGGUAAGGAGCUGGAAGAGCUGGUGACCAGGAUGUGGAGGGUCCAAGAGGAUUUUCCAUAUAUCAAUUGCGGAAGAAGUGCUGAUGCUGUGUGUGGAUGAGGUGGUCUCUCCCAGCCUCACCUGCUGUGUCCUGCCCGUCAGGAAGCUGUAAAUCCACUGGCAGGUGGCAGGCGAGACGCUGAGCUGGAGAAUCUUGGAGGAAAGGAGUUCAGGGAUGAUGGUGUUGAACGCUGAGCUGAAGUCCACGAACAGGAUCCUCGCGUAGGUCCCUGCACUGUCGAGGUGAUCUAGGAUGAAGUGCAGUCCCAUGUUGACUGCAUCAACCGCAGACCUGUUUGCUCGGUAAAUACUGUACAGUAUGUUCUUGAAUACUUAUUAGCACUUGUGAAGCCAUCACAAGCAUUACAAUUGCACUAUUCGGUUUACAAUACUCCCGAUUCUACAAAACUAUCUGAAAAUAUUUCAAACUUGAGCUUUGCUUUGCACAUGUAUAUUUAUCCACUGUAGCAUUUAUUCACAAAGGCAAAUCCGUUAUCGAAGAGGGUUAAGCUCAGUCUGCGAUGCACUGAACUCUGAUCUGUCAAAUCGUUUCUUCUUAUUAAAUGUCUUUGUGAGGUGUACAAGCAGUUGCCAAUGUGCUACAUUUACUGAAUAUACAUUUGCAUUUGUUUGGUUUGAUUUUGUAUUUAUAUUUGCUGAAGAAAAUACCACAUAACCUCUGGAAAGAUAUCCAUGCAUAGAAGAUGGUGGGCAGUGAAAAGCACUAUGUUAUUUUGGGUACUCAUGCAAAGAAUUUAUUCGUAAUAAAUAAAUAAAUACUGGCUUUCAUUAAUAAUAACUUCUAACAGCUUAUUAAUUCUUUGAUGUUACACUGUGCUCAGUCUUUAUAUGUUUAAACUCUUCUUCUAGCACUUUUCCACCCAAAAAGAAAAAAGUGGGCACAGUGUUUGGACUUUCCUUUUCUGUGUUGGUGUUGUUAUUCAUUGUUGUAAUUUUACACGUUGUUUCCUGUCUUUAACAGUACAACACUGUGGAAUAGUUUGAAGCAGUCAGCGAAUACAUUAGGGGAAAAAAAGGUUCGCAAAAUCAAAUGUAUGCUUUAAACACAUGUAUAUCAGACAAAGGGAACAGACCUGUGAAUCUCAAAAUAGAGGUUUUGUUGUCCCUUAGUUGUCACUGUGUCUUUCUUCUACUGUAUCUAUAAAGGUGUGCCUUAAAUAAUAACUAAACUUUCUUUCAGAACCAAUCUGACUCUGCCUUUGCCCUUUACUGCAUAUUCACUCGUCAUUUAAGCAUCAAGUGUUUCUGAUUCCUGCAAUUGGGAAGAACAAGUGGUGUAGAAGAUGGAUGGAUGGAUGGAUGGAUGGAUGAUUGUGGAGGUGUACCCAAUGUUUAUGUUGCCCCAGGGCUCCCCCAACAGUUGCAAAUUGCAAAUAAUUUUCUUUAAAGCCUCAGCGGUCAAUGAAGAUGGAAAUGAUAGGCGUCCAGGCUGGUCAUUUUAUGGAGCCAAUUAAGCACACGUACAUUUGAAAAAUCACCCCCCAAAAAGUACACAAAAAUAAAAGAAAUUUCAAAUUUUUUUUUAAAGGAUGAUAUUGUCUCAAUUUACUCAAAAAAUAUUUAUUCAGUGUAAUAUAUGGGACUGUUAAGUUGAACCCAAAGAUGUAUGAAUGGUAACAGGCAGAUACACGGAUUCAUUUUACCUUUUGCCAUCGAGCGGAAGAACAUUUAAUUGUUCUGCCUGUAACUAUGUUGCUGGCAUAGAUGGAUGAACAAAGAUAAAUACAUCAUUUAUAGUCAAUAAAUAAUAAUUUUCUCAUUUAUAUCUCAAAAUAAUUUUUUUUUUUAAAGAUCUACUACCUCCUAAGCUUCAAACGGCAUGUGCAAGAGAGAAUUAAAGUACACCUCCUGUAGAUGCAUUGUUCCAAUGUGAAGGAUAUUGUUAUUAUUAUUAUUAUUAUUAUGUGUUUUUGUGUAUGCGUUUUGUUUUUUAUGUCUGUUUUUUUUUAUUGGCUUGCAUUUACCUUGUUUACUCUGCAGCCAGGUCAGCAUUGCAAAAGAGAAUCUGUUUUUGUUUUCCUUACCUGAAUGGAUGGAUGGAUUGAUGGAUGGAUGGAUAGAUAGAUAGAUAGAUACAAUUAAGUGAAAUUGUAGUUUCACACGGCACACCUGUAGAUCUGUUAUGGCACAAUAAUCACAUGGCACAGUGGGUGGGAAUUACUGCAGUCGACGACAAAUGUAGGUGUUCUUUCGUAUCCUUGGAAACAAUGCAGCUAGUGUGUGCUUUCAAAAUGAUUUUGAAGCUUGUAUUUGACGUCAAGUUAUUACCAUUGAUUGAUUUAAUAUGGUAAAAAAGGAGGAAAAAUAAUCAAUGGCAUGGCAUCAUGAGUACUGGUGUGCUCCUAGCCUCCCCUAGUGCCCAAAUGUGUUAUUGCUUCAUUUGCAUUAAAAAAAAAAAAAAAAAAAAGGUGGCUAAAGCAUCCAUCCAUCCAUUUUCUAUAGUGCUUGUACUCAUUAGGGUGAACUGGUUCCUGUCCUAUCAGUCUAUCAUAGGGUCCAUAUAGAGACAGAAAAAUAUUCAUUGGAAUUAACCUGAAAGAACAUAAUUGGUAGUUUUUGGGGGGUUUUUUUUGUUUGUUUUUUGAAGUGAUCCUACAGUGUGAAGGUCAGAGAUGCUUGAGUGGAUGAUUCACUGUUACAUCAACAACCUAACGUCAUUCAGUGCUACUCUUUAUUGUUGCUCCAAUCCCUGAGUUACACUUAGUCAUCAGUCAUACGCCAUACGAUGCAUCACUGUUGCCUCACUCUGUUUAUUACACAACUAUAAAGAGACAGGCCACCCAAAGUAGGGGAGAUUGUUAUGCUUUGUUAGACCGUGACAUAUGCUAUCAAGUCUUGGUAGUAGAAAAGUGACAAAACACACACAAACACUUCAGUCAAUCAUCUGCGACUCUUGUUUUUAUUCCAGAAUCAAGUCAGACCACCACAACACAUCUCCUUUCUUCAAGUCUGCCAUUUUCAGGGGGGUUUAUACAACAGUAUAAAAGAAACAACAUAUAACAAACUAAUAUAAAUACAAACAAAACAAAAAAACAACACAACUUGGUUCCUACAAAGUUGUAUUAGGGCCACAGUGAAAAGAACGUUUAUUACGAGAAAAAUAGCAAACCCAAUGAAAAAGCAGAUUUUAGUUGAUAGUGUACCACAAAGUCGAACAUGACACAUUCUUGCACAUGUAGAAAUUCAAUUCAAUUCAAAAUUUGCUCUCAUAACAUUACUGCUGUUUCUUUUUUUUAGCAAAAGUAACACUUGUUAAGGAUGCAGAUUUGCCUUUUGCAUGCAUUGUAGUGUUUGAGGUAACAUUACCACUCUUUUCCUGUCAUGAAAAUUUCUUCUCAUAAUAUUAAAAAACAGAAUGUUUUAAAACAUUAUGACUUCAUUCUAAGCAAAAUUAAGACUUUCUUCUUGUAACAAUUUGCUGAUGUAACAUGAUUACAAAAUUCGGACUUUUUUCAAACUAAUAUACAGCUUUGUUGUCUUAAUCAGUUUCAGGGUUUUCUUUAUUCAAAUAACAUUAUUACUUUAUUUAUCAUGAAGUUACAACUUUGUUUCUGCACCUUACAAUUUUUUUCAUGCACAGACUUUGCCUCGUAAUACAUUUUUCUGUCCUAAAAUUCCAACUUUAUUUUCACAACAUGACAAAUAUUUUUUGAUUUUGAUUUCAGUGUGACCCUAAUGCACUUUGUUGUAGAUUCGUGCCUCGGAGUUGGUGAGAUAAAAACAACAUCUUCUCCCCCUUCCUUCCUUCCUUCCUUCCUUCCUUCCUUCCUUCCUUCCUUCCUUCCUUCCUUCCUUCCUUCACAUGGACACUUUUUACUUUCAACAUUGGGUAGAAUAUUGGACCCAUUAUGGCUGAUGUUAAAGUGGUUGCAUGAGUGUUCUGGUGGGAUAGCUGCACAUUAGGACUUUUGUGUUUGCGAGGAAAUCAGAGCUAGAGGAUUGAGAAGGUUUUCUUAACGCAUCGUUUCUUUCUUUUGUUGUUUAUAAGGGUCAGGUGUACAUAUCUUUGAAUUUUUUUCAUGACUCAUUUUAGAGAUGAUCUCCAGUAAACAUUAACAAGUGCAAAGAAAUGUUUUUGGGUUUUUUUUCGUUUUUUUUUACAAUAACCAUGAUUUUCCUUUUGCUACUUUUUUUUCAAAUACUCAUCAUUCAGUACAUGACAUGUGGAUGGGGUUGCCAUGGAGACGAGUUGAAAAGAAUCAUGGAUCACGUCACCAGUAUCUGUGUGGCCCAUGCAGCUCCAUGUCUUUCAGAUCAAAAUCGCCUCUCGGAUUCUCUAAGUACCGUUUUUAUCAUUAUUUGGCCCCCAUAAACAAGCUAAACAACAUCAUUCACAAAGCUACAUGAACUCUACAAUGACAUAGAAAGCCGAUUAGGAUGAAUGUAUAUGUCAUUUAAGACCAGGUAGUUUACUUACUUUUUAUACAGAUUUAUUUAACCAACUACCAAGAGCACCAGUACAGAAUCUCUAGCAUAUUUAACUGUUGAGAAGAAAGACUGAGACUGGUUGUGCUUUGGUUGCAUUUUUUUUUUCAUUUGAGAAACCAAAGUCUAGCAUAGUGACAGGUAAGGCAAGUUUAGUCAGCGGUUUUGUUGUUUUUAAUUAGUCUUGGUCGCGUUCAAAUCAGCUCUACCCUCACUCACACAAACAUUAACACGCACUCUGGCUCUGGAGGCACACAGUUAUUCCUCCUGUGACAGCGGAAAGCGGUUUAACUGAGGGAGGUGAUGUUGGACCGGCCACCGGGGGGCACCAUAAUACGACGACCGGCAGGCCUGAUGGGGACCUCAUCAGGGGUCGGGGGACCUAGGAGUACAGAGAGGAGUGACAAGUGAGGAAGUUGCAUGAAAAAGACUUCAGAUUUUGAUGUGAUUUAAAAUAAAUUUUUCUUAAUAUACAUCACUGGACACACUACAACAAUUGUAUCAAAACAUGUUGAUGAUGAUUGAUACCAGAUAACUAACAACCCUUUAUUGCUCAGUGACUGUUUUUGUCAAUGUCUUUAUGUCUCAAAAGUGUUCUCUGUCAAUUGACUGUCUGUUGUCGUACUAGAGCGGCUCCAACUACCGGAGACAAAUUCCUUGUGUGUUUUUUGGACAUACUUGGCAAAUAAAGAUGAUUCCGAUUCUGA